AUACAGUGGGAGGAGUGUGCACCUGUUAGUUAAGCUGCACCUGGUUGUCACACAGAAAAGUAUACACGAAAGCCUGACAGAAAAUAAGAGUGCGAGAGGGAGAGGAAAAGGUGAGAAAAAAGGUUUCAGGUCAUCAGAGCAGGGCAAUGAUCUCACUCAAUAGAUCGGACUGUAAAUAGCAUCAAGAGGACUAAACUAAAGGCCAGUAACCUCUAGGGAAGACAGCAACUUCAGCCUCUGUGACGCACUUUUCACUUGCCCAGGACUCAUCACUCCUUGGCCAUGGCUACGGCUGAGCCAGCCCCUGCCUGGUGGAAGUUGACCUUCCUCCGCAAGAAGAAAUCUGAGGCCAAGGAGUUGUUUGAGGUACCUGCAGAGUACAGUAACAAUGCUGAGACGGCACCUGGAACGAGCAGUACGACAGGGAUGCCCGAUGACAGCCAGUUCAACGCUCGCCUUGAACGCAUUGUGGACAAAACAGCCACAAAAGGACGCCACGUUAAAGUUUCCCACUCAGGCCGCUUCAAGGAGAAAAAGCGCAUUAGGUCAACACUAGCUGAAAACCCGGAAUUGUUCCCCAACCAAGACACUUGCAAUGGGAAUCAGAGCACUGGGAAUUGAAGGCUGGGACAUCAAUUUGUGCAACUUGACGUGCAAAUAAAUUAAGUUUUUGAAAGUUUUAAAAGGAUUAAUGUAGGCAUCAACUAAAUCAAGCAAAAAACAUGUUACUGUGUUUUAGUAGGGUUCUGUUUAAGUAAUCUUGAUUGUAUUUGCCCAGAGUGGAUAAAAUGUGGUUUCUCGGUAUAGUCCAAUAAACCUGGUACUGGAAUUUUUUUUUUUUUAAUCAAUACAACAUCUAAAAACAUGUUUAAUGGUGGUAAGAUCCUCAUAUUUAGCUCUGUUCAGUUGUAUUUAUACCUUCAACUGUUCCACCAAAAGAAAGCUGGCUACUUUCUGACAAAAUGGUUUAUAGAGUAUGUCCUGUGUCAUGUGCAUUCAGUUUUAUUGUUGAAAGCAUUAUGUUUGAAUUUUGUACUCUUACUGAUUGUUGGGUGGUUGCUGUUUGUUUGUUUUUUUUAGUGGUGUUGAGAUUCAGGCAGUACUAGCCAGCAGCUGGAAAUAAAUUGCAAUGAGUUUACUGAACAAGAAAUAAUACUUCAGUUGAUUCUCACAUUUCUGACUGAAUUUGUGUCGUCUGGUCAUUAAUACUACAGAGUGGAGUAUUUGCAAUUUAAUCAGUGCACACAAGCAUGCAAAGAGAAAUAAGCAGUCUGCACUGUGGAAUUAUUUCCAUCCACAUUCAUCUGUUUCAGAUAUCCUAUAAUGUGUGUUUUCCUUGUUUUUUUAUUUUUAAUUUUAAUAUUUUUAAACAUUUUUUUAAAAGUCCAGGUGUAAUAACCUCAGUGCCUUAUGAUCAGAGUUACAGUUUCUUCUUCUAAAUCACCUGUCACUUUACUGAAUAUCUCUCUGUGUUUUAAACUGUAUUUGUUUACUCAACUAUCCUAUGGAAAUUAUAUUGAAUUCCUUGUAUGCUUUAAUUAUACUGUAAAAAUGUUUUACAGGAAAGUAAACUUUUAUUGAUUU